CCUCCUCCUCCGUGUCCCGGUCCCGGUCCGGACCAGUCCGCCCAGCAGUCGGUCCGCCUCUGAGUCCCGAAACGUCUCUGCCCUCAAGCUCGGAACCGAGGUCCAGACUGGAGCCGCUGGGAUUCUACUGGCACCGAGGACAAACCGGGACUACGGAACCGGGUUUGGGUUUUCCUGAGUUCUGCCACCUGGAAGAGAGACGAGCUGCCGACAUGGCGAGGACACCUGACGGAGUGAGCAAGCUGACGGAGAGCACGUUCAAGGUGAGACGGGGACACCGGGGACAGAGACACCGGGGACAGGGACACCGGGGACAGAGACACCGGGACAGAGACACCGGGGACAGGGACACCGGGGACAGGGACACCGGGGACAGAGACACCGGGGACAGGGACACCGGGGACAGGGACACCUGGGACAGUGUCUGUCCCCGGUCCAAUGAGCUGGAAUAUCUGAUGAUGUUCAACCGUAAUCCAGAUUACAUGAAGCGAUGCUUUCACUCUGCGUCGUUUAGGCUCAACCAGCUAAACCAGAGCUUCACACGUUAUCAGGAACCAGGAGGUGUUGUUCUGAUGGAAAUGGCAGAAAGCCACUGGAAGCUGCACACUGAACUGGAGGAGAAUUUCAAGCGGUUCCACAGAGAGAUCAUCGUAGAGCUGGAGAAGAAGACGGAUAUGGACGUAAAGUACAUGACUGCUACCUUCAAGCGCUACCAGACGGAUUACAAACAGAAGCAGGAGUCUCUGGACCGCUCCCAGACUGACCUGAAGAAGCUCAGGAGGAAAGGUCAAUCCAAGCACGCGUUCAAGUACGACCUCAAGGAGAACGAGUACCUGGAGACCAUCUCGUCCCGCCAGACGGACAUGCAGAAGUUCAUUGCUGACGGCUGCAGAGAGGCGCUGGUGGAGGAGAACAGGCGCUUCUGGUUCCUGGCCGAGAAGCACUGCAUGUUUUCCUCCCAGCUCAGCAGCUUCCAUGACAAGGCCAAAGAGCUGCUGAGCAGCAGACUGCCCACCUGGCAGGACAAAUGCAGCAACGUGGACAAGGUUCCCGACACGGUGACCUCCAUGAUCCAGGGUCUGUCCGCCGACCCAGAGUCGGCUCAGACMCAACACCACAGCAAGAACCACGUGAGCCCACUGACUCCACCUCCGGCGCCGCCGCUGAAGAUCAGCCCACUGGCCAACAUGUUCAACCCUGAGCCCAGAAUCCCUCUGAGCCCGUCUUCGGACCUCGGCUCAGAGCAGGGCAGCCUGGGAGACCUGUCCAGGUCCACGUCCAUGUCCUCCGGUCUCAGCGGGGGGACCAAGUCCCGGGUCAGGACCAUCUUCCCCCACACGGCGGGCAACAACGACACGCUGCUCAGCUUCGACCACGGUGAUGUCAUCACGCUGCUCAUCCACCGGGAGAAGGACGGCUGGCUGUACGGAGAGCUGGACCGGACGCAGCGGUGUGUUGAACAGGGAGACACUAAGAGCUGCAGGACACCAGGCCUCCAGGACCUCCAGGGCCUCCAGGACCUCCAGGGCCUCCAGGGCCUCCAGGACCUCCAGGGCCUCCAGGACCUCCAGGGCCUUCAGGACCUCCAGGGCCUCCAGGACCAGGACUGUCCAGCCCUGGUGCCCUYAGUUAAUGGGACGACCAGACCUCCUUUCUUGGGAGGAGGAAACCCGUUUGCAACAGUGAAGUUGCGGCCGACCAUCACAAACGACCGCUCCGCUCCGGUCAUCUAGAAGUUAGUUUGUCUGCCGCUACGCCUUCAGAGGAGUGGAACCACCCAGAAACUCCCCAACGUCUCCCCAACCUGCUCCCCUCCCUCUCUGCUCUGUGGAAAACUACAGCCAUGUGUCUGAUAUCGGCCCUGGUGACCCUCAGGCCUCCUUCACUCUGAACUGCGGUUGGUCUGCRGUAUUCAGCAUUUCCCCCUGCUGUUCGCUCACUGCCUUAUCGCUGCAUCUCCAGGUGCUUCCCAUCAAUCUGCAGAAGUUCCUGCAGAUCCACCAUCAGUUUAAGCCAUGCUGCAGAAAACUUCUCCCAGGUUUUAGACAAUGUGCACAAUUUGGAGAUGUGUGUGCUCUUGUCAGCAGCUAUGAGUCUGACUGCAGCACAUGCAAAUCUCCAUAUUCAUGGGGCUCCAGCUCCAGCCCUGGGCACCUGGAGAUGCUUUGUUUCUCUGUCAUUGAUGUUGUCACUCUAGCUGGUUUUAAUUGAUAAUUUUGGCUGAAGCUAGAGCUUAUAGCACGCAGCUGUUGCAUUGUGGGAACUCUGAUGUUCUAUGGCGAGCAGCAGAGGGCUCGCCGGGUUCCUGGACAGCCUCGGGGAGCGGUGUGUUCCUCCUGGUCUCAGCCCGGUGUGAAGGGGCCCAACAGGUUCAACCACAAUCUGAGAAAUGCUUCAACUAAAUGUCCAGACAUCCAGACACCUCCACUAUGAUGUAACCAGCGUUCUGCGGAUCCAGCGAUGCCAUGAGCASACAUCCCAAAUCUGGAGAUAAAAGUUUAAAGUCGACGGCACCRGUUCAUUGGACACACCCAGAACCACCAGGGUAAUUACAUCAACGGGAAUGACGGGCCUUCUGCUUUAAAUCUGAACCCCUUUGGACUUCUGGCUGUAACUGAGCACAUUAUUGAUCUUCUGGGCCGUUUGGGUCAGUACCACURGUCCUGUGAGGACCAACGGAUACCAUGUAAAUAUAAUUAUGAGGCUUUCAUUUUAAUGUGAACUUUAAAGAGAAAACAGAAGAGAUGUCUGUGUGUUGAUGGACAGUCCAGACCAGCCAAACAUCACUGGGUYGGAAAUCUGUCCGGGAAUCACGGAGGAGCUGAGGGUGAAGGAAGACGUGGGUCUGCAGUCUGAGGGCAGUUGUGAAGAAGAAGAAUGUAUUUUAUAUAAAGUUGUUUCAAUGGAAUAUGUAAUAAAGGCGAAUCCAGAUGAAGCUCCUCUUGGUUUAGAUUUCACUCCUCAGGACCAAUUUAAAUGACUUUUUUUUUUUUUUUACUUUUUCACCAUUAAUUUUACUGUCGUGUAACAAAAUGUCUGUUCAAUUCACACAUUAUAUCAAACUAACUGGGCUUUUCUGGUAGACAAUUAAAAUAAUAUGUUUACUGUAUGAAAAUGACUUUUGAUCAAUCAAGUCAAAUGUUCUCAUAGAUGGGAUAUGGGACACCAUGCUGAGAUACUGACAUGUUUAUUUUCUUCUGCCUUUUUUUCAAUAAAAAUCUGAAGCUUGAA